UUUCCCUUCCUUCCUUUCCCUUCCUUCCUUUCCCUUCCUUCCUUUCCCUUCCUUCCUUUCCCUUCCUUCCUUUCCCUUCCUUCCUUUCCUGGUGCUUCCCUUGCCUGUGUGUUUUGUAGCAGCUGGUUUUUAGCUGGCACAUGUAGCCUGGGGAGAGGGGCAGCAGCCCGGCCUCUCCCAGCCCCUCUGGCUGCUCAUGGCUGGGUCUGGGGGUCCCUCCUCAUCACCCCCCACCCCGCCUGGCCAGGCGGCCGGGCCCAGCCCCGCCAUGGAGCAAUACGAGGUGCUGGAGCAGCUGCAGCCUGGGGCCCUGGGCACUAUGCUGGUAGCUAAAUUGAAAGCAGAAAAGGAUGAGGAAAAGUAUAUGAUAAAGAAGGUUGAAUGCAUCGAUGAAAAGCAAGCAAAUGAGGCCUUGAAGGAGGCAAUGGAGUUGCUAAAACUUAAUCAUCCACGCAUCUGUGCUUACAUGGAAUUGUUUAUAACUUGGGAUAAUGAGAUAUCAUCUCUGUUCCUUUGUCUGGUGAUGCAGCACUCGGGCACAGGAGAUCUUUCCUCUCUAAUCGAGGAAAAAAGGCAGAAGAGAGAAAAAAUAAAUUACAUGGUGAUGAUGAGGUUCCUGGGACAUGUUGUGGAUGCUUUGUUUUAUGUACACAAACAAGGUAUUUUCCACGGAAAUCUCAAGCCAUCAAACAUCCUUGUGAUUGAUGAAGAAACCUUCAUUCUCAGUGACUUCAGUACAGAAAAACUUAUGAGAGAUAAGAUGAAAUGGAAAAUACGAGUGGAAGAAACUAACAAGUCCUGGAUGGCUCCAGAAACAUUUGAUUUUUCUUUUACUGAGAAAUGUGACAUCUGGUCCCUGGGUUGUAUUCUGCUUGACAUGGCGACCUGUUUUGCUCUGAAUGCAGAAGACAGAACUUCAUUGCUGCAGGAUAUCAGAGAGGAUUCCAGCCAUCUUGAGGGAGUUGAGACACUUAUGUCAAAUGGAGAUAACAUCUCUUUGCCUUUAUUUCCAAUUUUAAUUAUGAUGCUACAGAUUCAGCCCAGCAUGAGACCCACAGUAAUGGAUCUGAUUGAUGACCCACUUAUUAGGGAAUGCCUGACUAUUACUGGUGCCUCUUCAAUAAAUCUAAAGAAGACUUUGUCUCCCCAGAUAAUGGAUUUGCUCCUUGAGGGAGAAUACAGAAUUAUUCUAGUUUUCAUGAAGGUUUUCUGGGAUGUAGAAGAAGCACAAGCUAAAGCCAUUCAAAAAAUUGCCAGCUUUUUGGGUGAUAGAAGUGCCCUGCUCAGCCUGCUGGUAUUCACAGAAUUCAUUGUCUUUGCCAUGAAGACUCAUAUAGAUUCCCUCAGGAUCCAAGUAGAAGGUUGCAGUUUAUUGCUUGCAAUUCUCAGUCAAGCUCUGGAAGAAAAUGCACUGGUGACCCUGGAGGAGAAGGUGGCCAGCUGUCUGUUAGGGAUCCUGAGAAGACACUCUGAAAAUGAAGAGAUAGUUUCACUGAUCUGCACAUUACUGAUGAUUAUUUCAGCCAGUGAAUCUGCUGCAGAGACUCUAAGGCAAGUUGAACUCAUUCCAGAGCUUCUGCCAGUUUUAAGAAAUUUUCUCCAUAAUGAACAGAUCUGCCUCUCUUGCUGUGGAGUUAUCUGGAGCUUGGCUGCGAGUGAGAACAAUGUAGACCAAGAGGUGCUGGCAAGUGCUGUCCCUGUCAUCUCUGCAGUCCUUCAAGAGCACCUCCAGAAUGGAACAGUGGCAGAGUGUGCCUGCUCAGCUCUGUGGGGAUUGUCACUCCAAGGUUGCUUAACUGACAAUGACUAUGAGCCCACAACAGCACUUCUGCUGGCUGCACUCAGAAUGAACACAGAGAGAUGCAUGGUGGUGAAGAACACCUGCCUGGCACUAGCAAGCCUUUUAAGGCUAUCUGAAAUACCAGCUUUGAAACUUCUUACGGAUUCAAAAGGCAGUGGAAUAAACCUGAUCAAAGAUGCCUACCAGCUUCACUUUGAUGAUCCUAGAGUGGUGAAUUCUAUCUGUGUGCUGUUGAACGAGAUGGUUCAGUAUGAGGAUGUUGUGCUGGAUAUGCUGUACCAGAAAAUGGAAGACCUGCUGUUUGAAAUAAAACUCCGUUUUCCAUCUAGCACAGAGAUAAUGACCCUUGUGGAUGCAACACUUUUGAAACUGGAAGAAAAACUUCGUGUGUAAGAACAGGACAUGUCCACUUCUGGUUCAGACAGAAAACCCUGGAUCCUCCAGAAAUAUUUUAAAAUACUUUUCUCACCAGAGAGAAGAAUAUUGGACCAUUAACAAUACAUAAAGUUAUAUAUUCUGUUGAUUUAAGUACAACUGUGAGAACAACAGCCACAAUUAAUAAUUCACCUUACUUUGUCAACUUGAAAAUAUUUUAAAUAAAGAUUUUAUGGGAGCUUCAGCAAA